ACGACCUAUCGUCCCAGCUGGAUCAAAGCGUCUUAACAGCGGAUUGGUGAAAAAAAAAAAUCGAACACGUUCAUGUGUAUGAGCCAUUUUGCAGCCAUGCUUGCUUAUCAGAGACACGAGGAUGAGGUAAUGGACCGCGAGACGUUAGCAGUACAUCGAUUCGCGUUCGGCGACAGGGACCCCGAUACGCUCACUAGCAUGAACAAGCUCGCACUUACGCUUGCCGGCCAGGGGAAGUAUGAAGAGGCCGAGGCAAUAAAUCGCAAGGCGCUGGCGCUUCGUCGAGAGGUGCUUGGCGAAGAAAACCCCGAUACGAUUAUAAGUAUGGAAAGCCUCGCGGCUAUGCUUCUCGACCAGGGGAGAUACGACGAGGCCGAGACAAUAUUUCGCGAAAUACUCACUCGACAUCAAGAGGUGCUCGGCGACAAGCACCCCGAUACGCUCACGAGCAUGAACAAGCUCGCAGUUGUGCUUGCCGAUCAGGGGAAGUACGAAGAGGCCGAGGUAACGAAUCGCAAGACGCUGGCGCUUCGUCGAGAGGAGCUUGGCGAAGAUGAUCCCGAUACGCUCUCAAGUACGAACAACGUCGCAGUUGUGCUUCUCAAGCAGGGAAGAUUCGACGAGGCCGAGACGAUAUAUCGCGAGACACAUGCUCUACGUCUAGAAGUGCUCGGCGACGAUCAUCCAAAUAUACUCACCAGUAUAAGCAACCUUGCAGUCGUGCUUCUCAGUCAAGGAGAGCACGAGGAGGCAGAGGCAAUAUAUCGCGAGAUGCUAGCACUACGUCGAGAGGUACUUGGCGACAAGCAUCCAAACAUGCUCACGAGCAUGAAUAAUCUUGCCGGUAUACUUUCAAGUCAGCGAAAGUACGAGGAAGCCGAGGCGACGAAUCGCGUGGCGCUUGCGCUAUACCGAGAGGUACUCGGCAACAAGCAUCCUGAUGUGCUCAUGAGCAUGAACAACCUUGCAGCUGUGCUCUUCAAGAAGGGCAAACAUAAGGAUUCCGAGUCGAUAUAUCGUGAGACAUUAGCGCUAUGCCGAGAGGUAUUCGGCGACGAGCAUCCCGACACGCUCACAACUAUGGAAAACCUUGCACGGGCCAGUGAGGGGAAGCACGGCGAGGCUGAGGUGUUCUAUAAAUUUAAAGUAUUGUAUGGUCUCUAG